UCAUAUAUUUCCCUUUAUCUAGGUCGAUGUUCUUUUCUUAUUUUAAGUAUUCUGGUUUAAACAAACUCCAGAACGUCUAUGAUUAACACGAGUCAUUUAUCAAUGAUCACACCGCUCUCCCGCAGACCCCGGGACCCGCUGUUCGGCGGCGCGCCGUGGGACGAGGAGGAGGAGGAGGAGGAUGGCGGCCCGCCCGUGUCGCAGCCCCCGCAGGACUUCGGUUUCGGGUUCAGCCCUGGCUCGUCCCGAGGCGCCUUCGAGGAGCUGUUCCGCGACAUGAGCGAGCUGCUAGGCGCCCUGGGGGGGUUCUGGGCCGAGCCCCAGCCGCCUUUCGAGCCCGCCCUGCCCGGCCCGGGUGACGCCCAGCCCCUCUGUGACCCCAGUCCUGAUCCUGCCUUCUCCCCCAAUCAAUCUUGCAGCUACCAGAGGUUUGUCAGCUGCUACUACUCUUUCUACAAGCUGCAGCCCCAGCUGACCAAGAGCAUUUAUGAUCAGUUCAUCUCCCAGCUGCAGACGUCCAUAAAGGAGGAGAUCCAGGAGGUGAAAAAUGAAGGGAACCUGGAGGAACUCUUCAGUUCACUGGACAAGAUUGUGGAGGAGGCAAAGGGCAGAGAAGAGCCAGCGUGGCGCCCCAGCGGGGUCCCCGAGCAGGACGUGCGCAGUGCCAUGAUGCCCUACCUGCUCAAGCACCGCUCCCACCUGCGCAGAGUCCUCAGGGACAGGCAGGAGGAGCACAGGAAGGUGGCUGAGUCCGUGCUGCUGGGGAGGGACAGGAUUGCAGAGCUGCAGCAGCUGAUCCAGGCUCGCCAGCAGGCCUGGCAGGCAAUCAGUAAGGAGCACCAAGAACUCAUCAUGACAUUCCAGGAGCCCCAGUGAGGCUGCAGGAUGUCCCACGGGCUCUGCUGAGACAGUUCA